AUGGAGAAAUAUGAGUUGGUGAAGGAUUUAGGAGCUGGAAGUUUUGGGGUGGCAAGGCUUUUGAGGCACAAAGAAACCAAAGAACUUGUUGCCAUGAAAUACAUAGAAAGAGGUCAUAAGUUGGUUUUGACCCCAACUCAUUUGGGAAUUGUGAUGGAGUAUGCAGCUGGUGGAGAACUCUAUGAAAGAAUCCGCAAUGCUCGUAGAUUCAAGGAAGAUGAGAAAAUCUGCCAUAGAGAUUUGAAACUGACAAACACUCUGCUAGAUGGAAGCCCUGAGCCUCUCUUGAAAAUCUGUGAUUUCGGUUACUCUAAGUCCUCGUUACUGCAUUCAAAGCCAAAAACAACCGUAGGAACGCCGGCAUACAUCGCACCUGAAGUUCUAUCUCAGAAAGAGUACGACGGAAAGAUGGCAGAUGUUUGGUCAUGUGGAGUUACUCUUUAUGUGAUGCUGGUGGGGGCAUACCCAUUUGAAGACCAAGAUGACCCUAGAAAUUCUAAGAAAAUAAUUCAGAAAAUAAAGGCUGCCAACUACAAAAUCCCAGACAAUGUUCAUGUAUCUCAGUCUUGCAGACACCUGCUAUCUCGCAUUUUCGUUGCAAACCCUUUCAGGAGAAUUUCACUCACAGAAAUCAAAAGCCACCCAUGGUUCUUAAAGAACUUGCCAAAGGAACUGAACGAGUCAUCACAAGUCAUCUAUUACCAGAGAGAUAACCCAAGCUUCUCUCUUCAAAGCGAGGACGAGAUCCUGAAACUUUUGGCCGAGGCAAGACAGCCACCUCCAUCAUCCCCGCGUGUCAACGGUUUUGGUUGGGACGACGACACAGAGGUAGAAGAGGACUAUGACGAGGAAGACGAGGAAGACGAAUAUGACAAGAGGGUCAAGGAGGUUCAUGCAAGUGGAGAGUUUCAAAUCAGUUGA